CCGAGUCCCCCGCGGCUCCGCCCUGCCCGGGCCGGGAGCGGAGUGUCCCGCCAGGCCCAGCUCCGCGCCGCCCUGGGAGCUGCUCCUCCGCGGGGCGAGGGAGUGAGGGAAGGGUCCGGGGUCCGGCUCAUCACCCCUCCCUCCCUCCCUCCCUGCCGCCGCCUUGGGCAGCCGCGCCCCCUCCGCCGCCGGGCAGAGCCGGGGCCAAGCCCCGGCAGGCGAGACCCCCUCGGUUCGUGGUGCCCGGGGAUGCUGUGAGGGCCCCGCGCUGUACAAUCCGAUUAACACGGGUCCGUCUCAAAGCCUAAGUCCCGUCGUCACCCCGCUGCCCCCCGCUCCCGCCCUGCAGCCAGAGCAGGAAGUGAUCCCCCGAGCCCAGGAGCCCCGGCACAUCCAUGGGGCCGGGCAGGGGCCGGGCAGGGGCAGGCUGGUUGCUGGGCUCUCUCUGUGUCUCUCUGUGUCCUUGCCUGGCCAGUUCUUGCCCUGCCUUGUUUCACUUCCUCAUUCCUGCUGCCGGGUGAGCCUGGAUUCCCAGGGCCGGCCAGAGCAACAUGGCGGAACCCGGCCGACCCCAGCGGAAAAUGUCCCGGGCGGGGGAGAGUUUGUACAGAGUCCUGGGCCUGGAGAAGGGGGCUUCUUCAGAGGAGAUCAAGAAGGCGUACAGGAAACUGGCCCUGAAGUACCACCCGGACAAGAACCCCGAGAAUCCCGAGGCAGUGGAGAAGUUCAAGGAGAUCAACAAUGCGAACGCGACGCUGAAUGACGAGAACAAGCGGCGGAUCUAUGACGAGUAUGGCUCCAUGGGGCUCUACGUGGCGGAGCAGUUUGGCGAGGAGAGCGUCAAGUACUACUUCCUCAUGUCCAAGUGGUGGUUCAAGGCCUUGGCCGUGUGCUGUGGCAUCUUCACCUGCUGCUGCUGCUGUUGCUGCUGCUGUUUCUGCUGCGGGAAGUGCCGGCCGCCGGAGGAUGAGGACUCCUACAAGUAUGUCAACCCGGAGGACCUGGAGGCGCAGAUCCAAGCUGAGGCCGAAGGUGAGGAGGAGGAGUUGCCCUGCACUGUGCUGCUGCCAGAGGGGAGCCCAGCUCGGCCCGUGGCCUGUCCUUCGUCCGAGCCUCGCUCUGAGCGGGGCAGGGCACCCCCAGGCAGAGACCCAGACCCCCAUUGUGGUGCAGCCCCUGCCUGCAGCAGCUGGAGAGGAGCCGCUGCCAGGUGCCAGCCCCAGGACUGAUGCAUGAGGCCAGCUUCGACCUGCCGACUGCCUGUCCCCUCGCCUGGACUCUGGGUGGGAACCCCACUGGACCUGCCGCUGCCCGGGGAUCCUGUCCCCCGCUGGGGGCAGCCAGGCCACCUGGCUGUGGCUCGAAUCUCAGGUAAACUGGCAACGCCUGUGGGGAGGCCGUUCCUGCAAGGACUCGCGCCUGCCAAGGCUCCUCGUGCUGUGACUUCUCUGGCUGCCGUAGCCUGCUGGCGGGCCAGGCUCCCUGCGCUGGCAUUGCUGCCCAAGGAACCUGAGACUGGAAACCCCUGGGCACACCCCGCGCAGCCCCCCUCCCUCCCUCCCGCGGCCAGUUACUCACCAGCAGCACCAGCACCCGCCUGGCUUCUCCCCAGCAGGCCCCUCCCCCCACAAACCCCGUGUUUACAGCUGCGUGGAUGCCGAGCUCGCAGGGCCCUGGCCCGAGAAGCACAAGUCUGUGCCCGAGCCGCGCAGUCUGGAGGCAAACGAGACCAACCCCACUGUAACUAGCCCAUGGAGACGGGGCAGCCGCGGGCUGAGCCGGCCGGUCACCCUGUCCCUUCCCUGUGUCGGGUGCCAAACAGCUCUCUGGGCUGGGCUGCCCCUGGCAGGCAGCACACUCACUGCCUGCUUGCACUGUGACUUGCUGCCCCCCAGGGGCAGCACCCCCUCCCCCAGCGCUCCUGGCCUGGCCCAGACAGAGCCUCAGUCACUGUGUCUGAGCCUCGGUGGUGUCCCUGCCGGCGCCCUGGGGCCCACCGGGCCGCGGUGUCAGGGCAAUAAAGGAACCUGUGGUCUGGCUUUGAUGACACCAUUAAAGGCUGCUGGGGGGCGUGUCUCUCACCGUGGUCUUUGCCCUGCCAGCACCACUCUGAGCCCAUGACUUGCACCUGGGCAGCCAGCUCCCUGCCCAGCCUUGCUCCAGACUGUGUCCUCAGGAGCGUGGCCAGAGAUCUCUCGCCCGUGCCCCAGGACUGGCCCCAGCACUGGGGGCCCAGCCGGUCUCGCGCUGUCGCAUUACUGUGUGCCCAGAGCCAGCGACUGGUGCGUGGUCGCAGCUGGCCGGGAGCCCUCCCUACUUCCCUGCAGGGGCUGUCAGCUGGACAGUGAGGGACCAGGGAGGGAAAGGGACAUGGCUGGGCCUCCUCCCUGGGAGCCCGGCGGAGCAGGGGCAGGGUCCUUGCUCAGCCCUCAGCCCCUGGCAGCUGCACGCGGGGAUGCGGGGGGUGUUGCCAGCCACGCAGCCUGGCUUGAGCAAGGAGGGAGCCCGUUGAUGCAGGCCCAUUGGGCAAUCAGAGGGUCCCUGAGAAGAGCCAAAGCCGCCUGGUUCUUGUAUAACCUAUAACUCGCCUGCGGGACUUCCUGCCGCUGGGUGGGGUGAGGAGAGAGCCAGGCCAAGGCACCCUGGGCUCGGGGGCUGGGCUCGCCUAGCAGCACCCCCUGUGCCACUCUCGGCUUCCCCAAGCAGCCGCACGUAAGGCUAAUGUUAUCACACCGCCAGGCCAGGUUCUGCUCCUCCUUGGGUGGGGGGGAGCAUGAGUGAACCCAGCUGUUCUAGCUUGGGACUCCCUGCCCAAGGCCCCCCGCCCCACUCCCCCUUCCCAGUGUGUGCCUGUGGGCGGAGAGUGGCUGCCAUCCUGUCCCCUGCAGCCCGAGGCUGGGCACUGCAGCUGUGAGCUGUGGGGCUCUUCAGAGUGUGUGUGGGGACCUGUCCCUCUGCUGAAGUCAGGAGGGGCCGUGGCAUGUGGAUCAUUGUGGCAGUGCCAUGGGGGCAGGGCUGGGGGGGUCAGCUGGGGUGUCAUUGGCUGGGGCCCAGGUGUGAUGGGGGUGGAGUCCAGCUGGAAGGGCCAUGUGUGCCCCCCACCUCAGCUGGCCUGGAGAGCCCCCCCCAGCACCUCCUGUGUCCAUCCCCCGGUGCCUGGCUGAGCUCAGAGUGGAGCGGUUACAGCCACGUGCCCCUGGCCUGCUGGACACUGCUGCCCGGCUCUCCUGGGCAGCAGCCCCCACUGUGCUGUGCUAAUGGGGGGCAGGGCAGCGCCUGCCCCAUGGUUGCCUAGCAGGCACCUGGCAGCGCUGGGAGUGGGGUAUGGCCUUGCUCUAGAGGCUGAUUGGGCCUGGGGGAGGGUAAGGGGCCAUUGGAAUCUCUUCCCCACCACCACCACACAGCUGCUCCCUGCACUGCACUGCACCUCCCCUGGAGGUUGGUUCACAACACCCCCACUCCCCCCCCCCCCAAGUCCAGCUUCCUCCCCCACCUGGAGAUUGGCCUGGGGAAGACGCCUGCCCAGGCCUCUGCUCCCAAGGGAGUCGCUGUGAGCUGGAGCCACCAAUGCUUGUCCCCUGGCUGCCCUCCCUCAGGGGUGCUGCGUAGGGAGGGGGCAAUGGGGCAAGGUUGCUGCCCUGCCAAGGCCACAGAUGGCUUCUGGGGCUGCGGUGUAAGCAGAGCCUGCUCACUGUGCCAAGGGUUCAUUGUCUGCUCAGGCUGCCCUGUCCUGGGGGCUGGAAUCAGCUGGGCGGGUGGGGGUGCCAGGGUGCAGCUGGGCAGGGGCAUCACCUUCCUCAGUGCCGUGGUUGGUGCCACGCCUGCCGUCCCAUGGGGCAGAGAGGCCAUGGGGAUAAGCUCUGGGGAGGGGCCAGCCAGUUUCACAUGCUGGUAGCAGAGACCAGGCCCUUUAACCAGGGCACCUUCGUGGCGCUCAGGAGGGAGCCCCUCCCCUGACCCACAGGGUCAGGCUUGUUGGCCUUUCUCUCCGUCAGGUGGCUCAACCCCCCACCCCACAGCCAUCCUCCCCCCGCACCGCUGGGCCCCCACCAACGGUGCUGCAUCAGGCCAGCCCCCAGUGCCCCCCCUCCCCCACCAGUGGCACCAUGUCAACCUCGGGUUCCCCCUCCCCCAACAGCAGCACGCCAGCCCCCCUGUAACAAAGUGGGAAUUUCUUGCAGUGUUUUCCUGAAGGCUGAGCCCGGUGAGACUUCCCAGGUGGGGGGCUGCUGCCCGGGGGGCAGAGGGGUUAAAUGCUCCUAGGGCAGGAGGGGUGUGUCAGGCCUGGCGGGGCGCUAAGGCCAGGCUGACCCCAGCUCAGCUCAAGGGAGGAUCUGGCUGGACAAUGGGAGCCCCAGGACUAAACAAGCUCCAGCAGGCGGGGCUGGGGACUCGCAGGGCUCGGCAGGACGGGACCAAAGGUUGGGACAGGAGCUGGCCUUUGGUGGGACCUGGGGCUCCCUGGCACGGACAGACAGAGGAGGGAGCGGAAGCGGUGCCCACAACUGCUUGGCCAGCUGGACUGUGUCUUAACCCGAGGGCCCCCCACACCGCACCCAGGGGACCGAGACCGGCUCUGGGGGAAAGGCUGCCUGGUGUCGCAGGCACUGACGGGCGCAGGGGUCCCUGCAGAGCGGCCGAGGCUGUCCCGGGCGUCUGGCUCAGCGGGACUCGCUGGGCAGAGCGAUGGGUGGAGGCAGGAGCCCAGGGGCUCUGUUUCAGGAGGCAGGGAGGCCGUGUGGCUCACCCCGGGGGAAGAGUGAGAUCCGGGGGGGGGGGGGGUCUGGCCCACUGAAGGCCCCUCCCAGAGACUGUUCCCAGGUUGGGGCCAGAGCCCUGACCCUGUGGGUCCAUGACACCCCCUCGCUAGGAAGAGCAUGGCAGAGCGGUGCAGGGAGUGGGGGAAGUAAAGCAAGGUGCAGCUGGAGAAGGCUGGCCAGACCCAGGCAGGGCGCGGAGAGCCCAAGCGCAAUGAAGGCAGUAGCAGGGCGUCCUCACGCCCAGUUCCCCUCUCUGGAGCUGCAGCGGAGGGCGGGAGGGGCUGGCAGAGACACUGGCUGUCCCAGGACAAGCAGCCGCAGCAGCUUUUGGAGGAAGGAGGAGCAUGAGGUCCUGUUGAGGGGCGAGUCCACGGGAACCUGCAGUGUACAAAGUGCCCUGUUUAAGGGAGGGUGCUGGAGACCUUGGCUUUUGAGAAGGUUGCGCUUUGAGCCUGGUCCCCCCUGCAGACUGGCCCCACCGUCUGGCCCCCCGCCCCAUCCCUGGCGGUAGAGGUGCACAGCCAGACGGAGGGCGUGGAUGCUCCCAGGACAAGGUUUUGGCGUGCGCAGUGCCCAAGGGGUCGAUGUACAUGGAAGUCACCUCCCUGAUGGGAGUUUGUCUCCACACACGUUUUCACGAGCUGCUCGGGUUCAAGUAGCGCCUCCGAGCUGAACCUGGAGCUAGUGGGAAGCUGAAGGAGCAGGGCCGUGCAGGCUGGUUGACAGAUGUUUGUGGCCAGUGGGUCUGGGUAUGAAAAGAAACCCAAAGGGAUGGGGCUAAGCCUGGGUCCUGGGAAACAAACCAGUGGGGGUGCCCCAGACAUGGGACUUGGGGAAAGGCAAAAAGUGUGUGGGGGGGUAGCUGACCCCAGUAGAUCCCCACCUAGGGAUCUCGAAGCCCCGAAGGGUAAUGUUUGUGAGAAGGGUGGGCAAAAGGGGAGAGGAUGGGGCACUCUGUUACCUGGUUGUGAGUCACUGACAACUCAAAGGAAAAGUCUCUUGAAUGCCUUUGGCGCCAAGGGCGAACCGAUACAGCACAUGCCUGCAGAGAGAUGGCAAGGACGUGCUGGCUUUAGGGGUGACCCAGCCCCUGGGCCUUGCUGAUGGUGCUGGUCCCCAAGAAGGACGGGUCAAUCUGGUUCUGUGUGGACUAUUGGAAGCUCAGUGCCAUCACCAUCUCCAAUGCCUACCCCGUGCUUAUGACUGAUGAGACCCUAGACAAGUUGGGGUGGGGCCUGGUACCUCAUUACCACGGAUCUCACCAAAGGCUACUGGCUGGUGCCUUUGGACCCAGAAGUAGGAAGUGCUAGAGCCGGGGAAGCCCAGUCUCGGGAGGCGCUGAGGCUGCACGGCCUGCCCUGAAGGAAGAGUUGGACCCGCUGGGACAUCUGGCCCGCUGAAGAGUUCCUCCAAGAGACUUCCCAAGCUGGGGGCCUAGCACCGAUCUGGGGCAGGUGUGACAAAUGGAGCAGCUGAUACAGAACUUGGUUAAUAAAGAAUUAAAGGAGGGUGGUAUAAUUAAUGGCAAUCAUCACCGCUUUAUGGGAAAUAGAUCCUGUCAAACUACCUCAAUGUAUUUUUUGAUGAGAUGACCAGUUUGAUUGGUAAAGGUAACAGUGUUGACGUAACAUACUCAGACUUCUCUAAGGCCUUGUCUACACUACACAGUUUUGUUGACAGAAGUCAGCUUUCGUUGACAAAACACUGGACGAGUAUACGCUGCGCUGCAUCUCCCGCCGAUGGAACUCCCCUGCUACGCUGACAUCAGAAAACCACGGCGAUGAGAGGCAGAGAGCUUUGUGCGAUGUAGUUAGAGCGACGCAGUGUCAGUGUAGACACCUCACUUAGUGUCUACAUUGGACUUGGUAUCACACGACAUUUUGAUUAAAAUACUAGAAUGAUAUAAAAUGAACCUGUCCCACAUUAAAUGGAUUAAAAACUG